AUGGAUUCUACGAAGCAGCAAUCAGUUCUCAAGGGACACAACAUCGACACGAGCGUAGAAGUUAAUUUCCUUCAUAAAUUAUUCUCUCAAGUAGCAGCCAACAAUUUUAACCACACAGCAGUUAUCUACGAAGAUGAAUUUGGCAAUGAAAGAAGUUUAACUUACGGUCAGCUUGAAAUGAGAGCCAAUCAACUGGCAAGAGUCCUACUGAAACGCUGUCGUCGACCCAACAACGUCGAUGGUCUCGUGGCAAUUUCAAUGCAGCCUACCGAACGCCUUCUAACUUUGCUGUUGGCGACGCUGAAGGCUGGAAUGGCGUACCUUCCCAUGGAUCCAGGAUUUCCGGCAUCAAGGGUUAAGCAUAUCCUGGAUGAGGCUGAGCCUCUUCUCGUGGUUGCCGAAGAAGGAGCCAACCUGACAGUAUUCGAUGGGACAUCUUGCAUCACGUGCGAAGAACUAUUGGAAGAAGCUGAUAACGAGUCAACGGAGCCUAUGAAUGUGGACUCAUGUUUCGAACUGGCAAUCGUUCUGUACACAUCGGGUAGCACAGGAUUUCCGAAAGGAAAGCUACUCCAGAAAGCUGUGAUGAAUCGUGUGCGUUGGCAGUGGAGACUGAUGCCUUAUUCAGCGACGGAAGAUAGGUGCGUUUUCAAAACGGUUCUGACUUUUGGUGACAGUGUAGCGGAAAUCUGGGGUCCCUUGCUGCAGGGAAAGAGCGUCGUCGUUGUUCCAAAUCACAUCACGAAAGACCCCAAGAGGUUUAUUCACCUUCUGGAAAAGCACAAGAUAGAACGUUUGAUGCUCGUUCCAUCGUUGCUGAAGACUCUCCUGGUGUACCUGGACCAGCAAGACGACAAGGACAUUCCAAGGAGCCUGAGACUCUGGGUGUGUUCAGGCGAAACAUUGAUGGCUUCUUUGGUCAAACAAUUCUUUACAAGAUUCCCAUCCGGUGAGCACGUCCUGGGCAAUUUGUACGGUAGCACGGAGGCCAUGGAUGUCACGUACCAUUCCGUCAAUCACCUUGAACAGUUUCAGAAUCUAGACAAAAUACCGAUUGGUAGACCAUUAGACAACACCACCGUGUACAUCAUGGAUAAGGAGAUGCGGCUGGUAGCGGAAGGCGAAGUUGGGGAGUUGGUUUGCGCGGGAAAAAACUUGGCGGCUGGUUACAUCAGAGGGCGAGACCUGCACCGUUUUUUAGAUAAUCCAUAUUCCGUCGAUCCAGAAUACUCAAGGCUUUAUCGUACCGGUGAUUACGCAAGGAUGGUCAAAGGCACAUUAAUUUAUGAGGGAAGGACAGAUGCGCAAAUUAAGAUCCGCGGUCACCGGGUCGAUUUUGCAGAGGUCGAAAGAGCUGUCGUAUCGUUCUCAGCGGUUGAUAAGGCAGUUGUGCUCUGUUCAAAGCCCGGAGAGCUUUCGCAGGCUCUAAUUUCCUUCGUGACGACUGAAGGCGACCAGCGUGUUUCCGGUCUGCAAAUUGAAUCUUAUCUGCGCACCGUUCUUCCACCUUACAUGAUACCACAGGUGAUAGUCAUCGAAUCCAUUCCUCUACUGGAUAACGGAAAAACUGACAGACAGAGUCUGCUUAAGCAAUAUGAGAUUCCGAUCGAUGGGGAGGAAACUGCCGUCGAUUGCGACUACCAAAAUGUCCCAUCGCCGUAUCUUCCUGCAGCCCGAGUUCUUUUCCCCACCGUAGCAUCGGUAAUCGGACGUAGCGCUCGAUCGGCGAUCACCGUUGAUGCGAACUUUUACGAGCUGGGUGGAAACUCUCUGAAUUCAAUCAGUACCAUCACCAGACUUCGCGACCAGGGCUACCGAAUCGGAAUAACGGACUUCAUCAGCGCGAAGAACAUGGGAGAGAUGCUGCGGAAGAUGAAGAUCGAUAAUUCUGAUCUUUGUGACAGCGAUGACGAUUCUACCGAUAGAGGAAAGUACGUCAUUGAAGAGCUGAAUGACUCGCACAAACCGGAUGUCAUCUCGAUGAUGACGGAUGGAAUUUGCUUGAAGGCUAACCUGCAGAAGUCGUUAAUGUCUGGCGUUAGGGCAGAAGAUUACUCGAAAUUAAUGACUGAACUCUGGGAUCCUAUGGUAGAAAAGAGCUUAAGUUUCAUACUCAAAUCUUCGUCUGGCCAGGUACUCAGCGUGGCGUUCAAUUUUGACGCGAGAGAUGAACCUCGGGUGAAGAUGAACUCGAAGCUGGGGAUAUUGUAUCAGUUUUUAGAGCAUAUCGAGGGACCGAUCCGAGAUCAACGGCUGCCCAAAGGCAAGGGACAAAUUUUUCACGCUUUCUUGAUGAAAACGAAGGCCUGCGUUCUCACUCCAACUGAGAACAUCUUUCUUAUAAGGGAGAUGGAGGAACACGUGAUAAGAAUCGCCAAGCAGAAGAGAUUCGCUGGCGUAUUUACAACAAAUACGAACCCGUUGACACAGCAACUGGGAACUGAUAUCUACAACUACGAAGUCCUGCUCGACUACCAAGUCAACAAAUGCGUCGCGCUUGAUGGUUCAAUGCCGUUCAAAGACGUGCCUGACAGUCAGAGAGCCAUAUGCUCCUGGAAAAAGGUUUAGAAGUUCUAAAAAGCUGCUCUACAAGUU